GCGUCGGGCGCGCCCCGCGGCGCGCGGUGGCAUCUUCCGGUCGGAGCGCGGAGGCUGCCCGGCCAUGGCGCGGAAGAAGGUGCGGCCGCGGCUGAUCGCCGAGCUGGCCCGCCGCGUGCGGGCCCUGCGCGAGCAGCAGGAGCGGCCGCGCGAUUCGGAGCGCUACGCCCUGGACUACGAGACGCUGACGCGGCCGCACUUGGGCCGCAAGCUGCCCGCGCGAGCCUGGGCCGACGUGCGCCGCGAGAGCCGCCUCCUGCAGUUGCUCGGCCGCCUCCCGCUCUUCGGCCUGGGCCGCCUUGUCACGCGCAAGUCCUGGCUGUGGCAGCAUGACGAGCCGUGCUACUGGCGCCUCACGCGGGUCCGGCCCGACUACACGGCGCAGAACUUGGACCACGGGAAGGCCUGGGGCGUCCUGACCUUCAAAGAUUGUUCCGCCAACGUGUGUGCAAGAAGCCUCGUCCUUCUUUCCCCAGGAAAGACGGAGAGUGAGCCUCGGGAGAUAGAACAGGUCAUGUACCACGACUGGCGGCUGGUGCCCAAGCACGAGGAGGAGGCCUUCACCGCUUUCACGCCGGCGCCGGAGGACACAAUGCGCACUGUGCCCUAUCCGCCGCUCCUCCGCGCAAUGAUUCUAGCAGAGCGACAGAGAAAUGGAGACACCAGCACGGAGGAGCCCAUGCUCAAUCUGAACAGGAUACGCAUUGAUCCAUGGGACUAUCCUGAGAACCGGGAGUCGAAGAGAAAGACCAAGGGCACCGCAGUCUAAAAUGCCAGAGCGGACAGGCUGCCGCCAGGGUGCAAGCCAGUGGCCACCAUUUUCAGUUACACCUGAAUCAGCCCCCUGGGAGCUUGGAUCCUACCUCCCCGUGACUUGUUGAGGUUCUACAUUUUCUUGGAAAAGGGUGGGGUCAGACCUUGCACCUUGUGUCUUUCCUCUGUUCCCGCUGCCCCAACACGCAGAUCUGACUGAGGGGGCCUCGCAGGAGGUGGCUGCUGGGGGAAAGCCGGAAGCAGCAGGGCCCGCAGUUUUGGAGCCCCGGUGCUGGCUCCUGUCACUUCCACGCUGGCUUCCCUCCUUAUGACCUGUUGCCUUUGCCGGGACCCAGGUAGAAACUGAACGCGAAUAAAGGCACAUGAAGCAG